GGAAUUUAGCCGAUCAACUUCGACUUUAAAAUUUUUUUUUAAUCGUUUGUUGACGAUUGUUGGCCUAAUUACAACGUUUGUUGGUUCUUAAUUUUUUUUUUUAAUUAAAAAACAAAAAUUAGCGUUAUGUUAGCCGGAAAAAUCUCAAUUUUAAUUAAAAAAUGAUCUAAUCUAAUAACUAACCUUGUGUUUAACCAAUCGGAAUGAAAAAAUCUUUACUCUUUUUGUCCUGAUUGGUCUAUGAAACGUUUCUGGAAACAUCCUUGACUGCUAAUAGCAGACUACAAAAGUUGUCAAAUGAUUUUCGGCGGCUGGAUAUGUAGCCGAAAUUUUUAUAUUUGUAUGAUUAGAUGACAUAAACUUGCAGGAUGUCCCUGCUAAUUCGAAGAUGUGGACUCGAUAAUUAUUGGCGAUAUAUGAAACUUUUAAAUCUCACAAAGAUUCGUGAAUUACAUGUCUCGUCAUUAAUUAACCUGAAAUCUGUGAGAAACUUGUGCAAUUCGCACGUGAAUCCAAACAUUUUGAACGAUAAAAUUAAAAGAUGUUUAGAUUAUGUUACGAAUGAAUAUAAGAACAAAUCCUGGAAGAAUAAUAAAUUCUUCGAAUUUAUCAAUUUAAAUACUUUUGAUGGCUUGUUGAACCAAAGAAUGCAUCUUUUAGAAAAUCUUCAGAGUUUGCAGGAUCUAGCAAAACAGGAUAUAGAGAUGAAAAAGUUAGCGGAAGAGGAAGAAAUAUUGUACAAGGAACAGUUGAGCAAACUCGAUGAGAGAUUAUUAAACAAUAUAUUGAUCAACAUAUGUAAGGAAUCUUACGAUAGUAUCAUCGUCGAGAUAACAGCUGGUGUUGGUGGUCAGGAAGCAAUGUUAUUUGUUAGAAAUCUGCAUGAUAUGUAUUUGGGUUACGCCAAGUACUUAGGCUUAACUUAUGAAAUGAUCAAUAUGGAGACAAAUGAUAACGAUGGCAUCAGACAUGUCAGUGUUAUGAUGUCUGGUGAUCAAACCCAGAAAUUCCAAUACGAGGGCGGUGUACAUCGUGUACAGAGGAUACCAGCCACAGAAAAAUUAGGCAGAGUACACACUAGUACCGCUUCGGUGGCGAUUUUACCAGCACCGUCAGCAGUACAAAUCACAAUUAAUGAAAAGGAUCUAAGGAUAGAAACAAAAAGAGCGUCUGGUGCAGGCGGUCAGCAUGUGAACACUACGGAUUCCGCGGUGAGAAUCACCCAUUUGCCGAGUGGGCUGUUUGUAGCAUGUCAAGUGCAUAGAUCGCAAAUCAAGAACAGGGAGAUGGCAAUGACUAAACUGAGGAGUCUGUUGUAUGAGCAACAAUUAAACAAACAGACAUCGUUUAUAAGUGAGUUGCGACAGAAACAGAUGGGAAUGAAAUUUAGAAACGAGAAGAUCAGAACAUAUAACUACAAUCAGGAUCGCGUGACCGAUCAUAGACUACAAAAUGGAACUGUCUACAACUUACCAGAGUUUAUGCAAGGUGGAGUAGCACUGGAAAAGUUAGAGGAAAGAUUGCAUAAGGAUAUACAGAUGAAAACUUUGUUGGAAGUAAUUAAUAAGUUGGAGACACAAUUAAAGUGAUAACAAUUUUCUCUUGAAUUUUGAUUAAAAGUCUUUGUUUUAUAUAUAGGCAAAUCAUUGUAUAUAGCACGUUGUAAUAAAAUCUAUAUAAUGGAAAAAACACAUUUUUGAUCUUGUA